AUGGUGGACGCUCAGGAUGCCGGGAGUAAACUAUUCUCCAAGAGCCGCUGGAAGACCAAGAUCUUCGAGAAGACCAACGAAUUUGCCGCCGCCUCACAGCCCAAGCCCAAGCCGCCCUCGGACGACCACGACAUCAACGACUUCCUCAAGCCUUCGACCGACCGCGCCGCCCAGCAGCAAAAGGACGCCGCCGCCGCCGCUGCUGCCGCCGCCUCGGCCUUCACCCGACCCCGCAUAGAUGUCGCGAGCGCCCAGCGAUGGCCUGGCGCACAGGCGAUAUUGGCCAGCGCCGCCGCCGCCGGAAGAAGCCCAGGCCCGGGAGGUCUGAAGACAGGCACGCGCAAGAAGGGCCUCACCGUGAGUUUUGUGCGCACAGUCCCCGAAGUCAUAGGCCAUGGCGGAGACGAGUGUGAAGACGUCGUGCUGGAAGUUGCCAAGAACAAGAAGGCAGCAAGCGUGCCCGAAGCGGACAAACUGCCGUCCCAGGUACCGCAAGACGACGCGAAUCUGGGAGCGCGCAGCAAUGGCAUAGGCAGGACGCCCUCGCAGACCGAGUACAGGACCAACCUCACGAGAACGCGCACAAACCCCGGCGAACUAUCCCCACCGCUCGGCCAGAAGAUGCAGAUGGGCCAGAUCAACACGCACGCCCAACUGCCACCAACACCGCCGCGUUACAUGGGCUCCAUGGGGCUUGGGGAGCGCCCAAAGGCGCUCUCCAGGGCACCGACUGGCUUUGACGGUAUUCCAGAGCCUACAGCGGCUCUCUCUGCAAGGCGACCCAGCGAAGACUCUGUCUACUCCCAGGAUUCGGACAACCUCUCGCCAGUCAUGUCGCGGACCAUGUCAGUACGGGAGCCUACGAUCCAAGAAGAAGACGAUUUCCAACCAAAACCGCUCAAACGCACGCAGACUGGCUUCAGCACCAUGGAGGGAGAUGCUGGACACGAGCCUGUGCAUGCGAUACCUUCAGUGCCUAAGCUGCCAGAGAGACAAUUGCCUGAGCAGGACGAUGACGAGUCACUCUCGUUCGCGGAAAAAGUGCGGCGAAAGAUGCGAUCGGAAGAGGGCAGGACAUUGCACGAAGCGUCACAACGAGCAGCCUCGGGUCAAAGGCGAGACUCCGAGACAAGCUCCCAGCAGUCUAUCGUCGGUACACCUCCAUCCUCAUACCACACACCCGCCGCAGCAAGAACACCACUGGAAACCCCACAAUCCGAAUCCAGGACAUCACCCCCCGGGACCUUGAAUACCGAAGACCCUCAACGAUCUAGAGCACGUGGGCCCUCUCCAGGACGACCAGGAGCACAAUCACCGCCAUCUCAAUACACUGCAUUUUCCCCUUCACAAGCACGUGCUUCCCCUGCUGUGCGAUCAGACCCGUUCGUUGAUACUACUAUAAAACGAGUGCCCUCAAAUAAGGAGAAUGCUAUUUUCGGGGCUCUUGACGACAGCCCAAACCUCCCAACUCCGCCCCAAUUUCCCCAGGGUGCAUCCUAUUUUUCAGCACAACCUCAGCAACCACCCUCUUCGCUCCCGCAGUCUCUACAACCCUCUCCACUACCCCAGACUCUCGCAGUGUCAGCGCCUCCAAGCCAGUUACCGUCGCGAAAUGCUUCGGGUGCCAGCGCCAAACCGGCGGCCCCUCUAGCUCGCUCGGAUACGAAGUCAGCAAACGAGUUUGCAUACCGGGAUUUUGCCGAGCGCAUCACACAUAUGAGAGGUAUUUUCCAGCUGACAGCUCAGCUUGGAGGCAACGUUAACAACCACACGCCGAUGCAAUGGCUCCGGGUCGCUACGUGGUGGUUUCUCAAAGGACGCACAGGGAUGGAGAACUUGAUAAGGAGUCAGCCUAAGACUGCCGAACCGAUCCAAGAGCGACUCGCUCAACCGCAUGUCGACUUGGCCAAGGUGUGGUGGAUCAUUUCUGAAGUGCUUCCGAACCACCCCAGCUUACAGGGAUAUGGCAACGCCUCUCCCGAUGCACAGGUUGAUCUUGCAAGAAAAGCUGGAGACGCUGCGAGCGCGGAGGUGUUCGACAUUCAGAAUGCGAUUGCCCACUACCUGAAGCUGCUCGUGGGAUCGAUGAAGAAGCACCAGAGCAUGCCUCCGACCCAAGCACUCAUCCAAGGACAAGACCAAAAAAUAUGGGAGGAAUAUCCCACGUUCCCUGCAGAUGCGGCGAGUGUAUUGACUUCCGGGCUUCCUGCACCCAACGGCAGCCAGUCGCAGUUUAGCCUGUCACAGUACAUACCUCUUUCCGACACCAAGACUGACUUCUGCUACUUUCGCAUGUUUGUAAAGGCCUCUGUGUCGACCGACAACCCUGCGACAGAUCGUGUUCCUAUGGAUGCCGUUGUCUCUGUCAUGCGAUCCAAGGAAGAAUACCAGGUCAAAUUGGCCAUCUGCAGCCAGAACAGUCUGAUCAAUCUCCUAGUCGGCUCAGGAUCGGUGCUUACAUGGAAAGACGUCCAAUGGAAGCAACAGUCAUCACAACUUACUGUCCAGCUACGACAUGGAUUUGUACUCACUAUGGCGCUACAUGAGAGUGACUUCCGCAGCCUCUGGUCUAUUGUCAACCACACAAACAGGACAGAGUCUGAUUUACGAGAACGGAGAGACGAGCGUUUUGCCUGUAAGAUGUAUUUGAAAGAGGCGAGUUACAGGGACCCUGCAAAGCCAUCAGCGUUCCCAGCUGAGCGCGUAUCAGGCUGCAAGCUCAUGGUCUUCCAAAGGAUUGAACGCAGUAGUGAAGGCACAGGCAAGCGAAAAUUGCACAGAGGCUACCGUAUGGUUCUCGUCACGCCGCAGCAGACUAAGCAAGUCAGCACAAUCAACCACGAGCUCGGCACGAAACAGGAGCCCAUGAACUUCGAAUACGUGACCGAAGCGGAUCAAGCCCCUGCGCUGAGAUUGCGCUUCCGUGAAGAGGGUGCCGAUAAGAGGCUGAGAACAUGCACAGCCCAUCUUGUUUUCCAGGAUGGCAAGGACCGCAACAACCUGUUUGGCACUUUUACCUCCAUGAACGUCGCCGAGGGCGAAACUACAUUCGCCCAAGUGGCUCUCAAGGCUUUUCACAUUGAGAGCGCUGACCAGGCAGAGGGCUUUACGCAGGGUAGUCGUGUGCUUGAGAAACUGCAGUGGGUGGAAGCCAAGGUUAUGAACCAGGAUCCAGAAGCUGCAGGACUUGAGUCAGCACCCACGGUCAUGAGUGAGAGCUUGAGAAUCAUGUGUAGGCAUACUGCUGGUAUCGUCUCUGACCGCAUGAACUUGGGACCCGGUGAACUCUUGGUUCGCCUUCCAGUUGACGGAGCUGCCGAACUCACACUCCUCCGUGAGGCUCAGCAAGAUAUGGCCGUGGCUGUCGACGCCAGCCGUACUGAUCCUAAUGUUCCCGAUGAGCUGGCGAAGCUACUCAAAACUCUUACAAGUGCCUCCACGAUCCGACGACUGACCUUCAAUUCGUUCAACGAUCUUCACACCUUCCAGCUGGCUGUUACUGGCUUUCAUGUGAAAUUCGACGGUCUCGCAAACUCCUUCUCCAUAUCCCGCCGUCGUAUGGUAGUGCCCAUCUACAAGCAAUGGACCGCCAACCGCAUCCGUCUGCAGAUCGUCGAGCAAGACAACAUCAUCCAGCUUCUCGCCUUCUUUGAAGACUUCUCUCAUGCUGAUGCCAUGAACUUCCAACUCCGCCUCACCGACACUUUCCAGAAGACGGAUAAGGGUGGACAAUUUGGACUGAAGCUGGUUGACGCAAAGUUCGCGCUGCCUGUAGAUGAACGACGCGGCGAGGGCAAGAUCCAGAAGGCCGAGGGUAGGGUGACAGGCUGGACAGGCACCAAAAGACGAUUUGUUUGUCUCGACGAAAUUGAGUAUCCGGGCGAGCAUGACGAUAUUCUUAUCAUGUUUGAUUCCGCGGAGACACGCGAUACAUUCGCCGAAGCACUCCCUGCUGCGACCAUGGAGCGCAAGUUUACUGUUCGAAGGAAGAUAUAA